AUGGAGCCACGGCCGUUCCAUUUCAAUCAUCUUAUUUUUCUCUUUUUCAUGUCAUUCCAGUUACAGCCAUCCAUUGAAUCUGAUAGCAUCAUCCCGGGGCAGACUCUAUCAGGGAUCAACACUCUAACAUCACAAGGUCAAGUAUUUGAAAUGGGUUUCUUUGCACCACCAGGUAACUCUCAUGACUAUUACAUAGGGAUAUGGUACAAAGGACUUCCCAUGCCACAAAAAACAGUGGUAUGGGUAGCCAACAGGGACUCUCCUGUAUCUGAUCCAUACUCUUCAUGGUUAGAACUUGGUGAAGAUGGUCAUCUAGUGGUACACAACUCUUCUGGUCUUGCAGUAUGGUCAACAAAUUCAAACUCAAGUGCUCCUCCAUCAAAUUCAACUGUUGGUACCCUUGGUGACGAUGGAAACUUCAUAAUAAGAGAAAGAUCAAAUCCCUUUUUGGCCAAGGAAGAGAGAAAGAUAUGGCAGAGCUUUGACCAUCCAACAGAUACUUGGCUUCCUGGUGCGAAGUUUGGAUAUGAUAAUGAGACCGGCCAAAAAACAAUACUAAAUUCUUGGCAAGAUACAAGCAGCCCAUCAACGGGCCUUUUAUCUCUUGAGUUAAUUGAAGUUCAUCCUUAUUUGUCAGAGGUUCAAAUGUCGUUGAAGAAUGGUUCUGAGGAGCAUGUAUUCUGUAUAUAUGAGUCUAAUUUCCGGUCAGGUGAUGUUGAUGUUAAUAUUGAUUUUCAACUUGCCUAUGGAUGCUUUUCAAAACACUAUUUAGAUAGUUAUGUUUUGAUGACAUAUUCCUCAUACCCAUCAUCUUGUCUCGCUAGAUAUGUGCUGGAUGUAUCUGGACAGAUCAAUCUAUUUGUAUGGUGGAGUUAUAUGGAAACAUGGCAUUCCAUUGACAUGCAACCACAAACAUUUAACUGUCACAGUGGAAAUAAGGUGAAUAAAAGAAUAAAGGACAAGGAAAGUGGAAAGAAGAAUGCUACUUGGAUUGUUAUAGUAACAUUAGCAUGGCUUGCUCUUCUGUUUGUUGGCAUUAUUGUUCUGCUGAGAAUUGUGCAGAGGAAAGACUCUGACACUUCAUUUGAGGCAAGGGGAGGAGAUACAUUGACCCAAUACAAGCUCAGAGAUUUGCGAAAGGCAACUAGAAACUUCACACAGAAAAUUGGGAAGGGUGGUUUUAGCAUUGUUUACAAAGGUGAAUUCCCCGAUUCAACUUUUAUAGCAGUCAAGGCACUUCAAGGUCAAUUGCGAGAAGAAAAACAGCUUAGAGCUGAACUGAACACACUGGGAUUGAUCCAACACAAAAAUCUUGUUCGCCUACUUGGCUUUUGUUUAGAAGAUUCAAACAGAUUCAUAGUCUAUGACUGUAUGCCAAACGGUUCUUUAGAAUCUCAUCUAUUCCAAGAGGGCUCUAAUAUAUUAGACUGGGAAACAAGAUAUAGGAUUGCUGUUGGUACUGCCAAAGGUUUAGCCUACAUACACGAAGAAUGUAGAGACUGCAUCAUACAUUGUGACAUCAAGCCAGAGAACAUUUUGUUAGAUGCUGAGUAUAAUCCAAAAGUAGCUGAUUUUGGCCUGGCAAAGCUUCUUGGCCGGAACUUCAGCCGGGUUCUGACUACCAUAAGAGGAACUAGAGGCUAUCUUGCACCAGAGUGGUUUUCUGGUGGAGCUGUCACUGCAAAAGUUGAUGUGUACAGCUAUGGCCAGGUUCUUUUUGAGAUCAUUUCAGGUAGAAGGAACAUGGAUCUAUUAAAUAAUGACCUAAACAGCUAUUUUCCAGCAAUGGUUUUGAAUGCAUUGAACAAUGGGGCAGAACUUCUGACUUUGGUAGAUUCCAAAUUAGAAGGUGAACUCAAUGUUGAAGAGCUGACUAGAGCAUGCAAGGUAGCUUGUUGGUGCAUUCAAGAUCUUGAAAAAGAUAGACCAACCAUGAGUCAGGUAGUUCAAAUUCUAGAAGGAAUUCUUGAUCUAGGUAUUCCUCCAAUUCCACGGUUUUUCCAGUCCAUUGCAGAAGCUUGAAUGAAUGAAACUAAUAUCAAGGAGCAGUCAGGCUUAGAGUAAAUCGACUACACUACCUACAUGUUUCACCUGUCAACCUCGGAAGAUAGGAAAGACUAGCACUGGAGUGGAACCAAAUCACUUAAAUUGUUUGCGCGGAAAAAGCUUUACAAGUUAAGCUUAACUUUCACCUAUUGACUUCUUUCUUGAACCUAAGGUUUAGCUGUAAAAGAUUUGAAGAACAGCUAAAAAAA